AUGCAUCUUUUCUUGCUGCAAACUGCUUUUGUGGAUAUCACAGCCUUCAAUCGCCGCCUAAGACUGUGUACAAAUAGGAAUUACAGAGAAUUUGCAUACAGCAUAUUGAAGCAUUGAACACGACGCAUAUCAAAAGUCUCCUAAUCUGUAAUUCUAUGGAAUACUUUCAAUGGUUACCAGAAGAAAUAGUAAGGAAGAUUCUACUGAGAGUCCCUUUCAUAUUUCAUAAUAACCUUAGGUAUGUAUCCAGAAACUGGAAGACAAUGAUCGAAAGUGGCAUAUUGCAUGAAGAAAGAGAAAGAAUCAGUUUAGGAAUAUCUGACAAACUUGUAUGUUUGUUGGGCCAAUUUGAUGGCGCUAAUAGAAUAACAAUCUAUGAUCCAGUCCACAACAGAGUGGCCAGAAGCCCUUCUAUGCCUCCUAAUUUUCGAUAUGCACACUAUUCUCAAUGUUUGUGUGUUGAUAAAAAACUGAUUGUGAUAGGUCUGGAACAUGAAAGAACACCAAAAAAGUCCACUGUUAUGGUCUACGAUUUUAUGACUUUUAGAUGGAGACGAGGGGCAGACAUACCCAUUGAUACAAUUGGCCACAGAUUAGCACAUUGCGCAUCGCCUGAAGGAUUGGUUUAUGUUGUGACAUCAUGUAAAGCAGUAGCAGUGUAUGAUGUAGUUCAGGAUAAGUGGGAUCUUCUUCCUGUAAUGCCAGAUUCCGUAGUUUUGCCGAAAGCCUUUUAUAUUGAUGGGAUGUUUUAUGUGGUGAACAUCUCUAAAAAGUUUUCUAACUUGACCCAUCGAUUCGAUCCGAUGAUUCAACGCUGGCAAGUUUUGCGAAGAUUUGAGUUGCUAAGAUUUCCUCCCUUAUCCUGUCAGGUUGCAUUUGGGCGUAUAUAUUCUUUUGCUAAGCAAGAAGUGAUGGAAUUUGACUGCUUAACGAAGGGGUGGUUCAAGGUAGGUCGUCUUCCUCCAUAUCUAGACUGGCUUGGUUCUCCACAAUUUGAGUUUAGGUCCAAGAUUUGGCCUCAAUUUCUGCCUCACACUCCGUAUCCAUUUUUACGGAGGUGGGUAUUCACAGGCGGGCCAAAAAGCACGACAUGGAGUUACAAUACUUCUCUUUUGUUCAUUGAAAUUUGAUUUGAAGUGUACAGUACUUUUGGAAA